AUGUAUGUCUAUUUCGUCAGCGGCAUUACGGGAUACUAUGUGCUGAUCUAUUCUCUGUGGACAAGAUUUUGGUUUUUGACGCUCGCUUACGUGCUGUGGGUGAUAUACGACAAUCUCAGCUUACCGAGAGUCCAUCGAUACGAUCCGAAGAAGACAUACAUUUGCGGCUAUCAUCCACAUGGAGUCAUGCCGAAUGGAGCCGUUCUCGGUGUGUUGAGUAACGGUCUGAACAUUGACCAGAAACUCCCCGGUAUAAAAGCCUCGCUAUGCUCACUCGGACUCAUUCAUUGGUCGCCCAUAAUGCGCGAAGUCGGCUUGCUGCUCGGCUGUGUGAACGUGGAUCGCGCCACGAUCCGCCACCUGCUGAAAAGACCGGGCCGCAUGCUUCUCAUCGCGAUCGGUGGCGCCGCCGAGUCAUUGGAAGUUGAAAAUAGCAGAUAUCGACUGAUAUUGCGACAUCGGAAAGGCUUCGUGAGGGAGGCCAUCAUCUCUGGGUCGUGUCUGGUGCCUAUUUUCAGUUUUGGAGAGAACGACGGACUUCCCAUCGUCAAGACUGCUCCCGGAAGUUUCGGGAGGAAGUGCCAAGACUUCUGCAAGUUUUGGACCAGAGCGACGAUUCCCUUGAUCAAGGGUCGUAGCGUCUUCGGUGUCCCGAUACCUAUCUUCCCAUUCAGAAAGCCCGUCAAUAUAGUCUUUGGGCCACCAAUCGAGGUUGCACAGGAUCCAAGCCCCAGGAACGAGCAGGUCGACGAAUUGCAUGGGCGAUAUAUGGAGGAGCUGCACCGACUUUUCGAAGCCAAUAAGGAUCGAUUCGAGCCACAAGCUACUCUAGAAUUCAUCUGA